GGUCUGGUGCCUGCUGGGGACUUGCUGCGGCACAACCCAACCAUGGAGAUCCCUGUGCCCAUCCAGCCAUCCUGGCUGCGUCGCCCAGCCCCCGUGGGAUUCCCUAGCCUGGCCACCCCUGCCAGACUCUUCGACCAGCGCUUUGGGGAGGGUCUGCUGGAGGCUGAGCUAGCAGCACUCUGCCCUCAGGCCCUAGCCCCUUAUUACCUUCGGGCACCUAGUGUGGCACUUCGGACAGAUCCUGGCCCUGGAGAGGUGACCCUGGCUAAGGGGCAGUUCUCAGUGCUGCUGGAUGUGAAGCACUUCUCCCCGGAGGAGAUCACUGUCAAGGUGGUGGGGGACCACGUGGAAGUCCACGCCCGCCAUGAGGAGCGCCCGGACGAGCAUGGCUUCAUCUCCAGGGAGUUUCACCGCAGAUAUCGUCUGCCUGAGGGCGUGGACCCAGCAGCAGUGACCUCAGGCCUGUCCCCAGAGGGCAUCCUGUCCAUCCAGGCAGCAGCUCCAGGGACCCCCACAGCAGAGAGAACUGUGCCCAUUGCCCAGGGGCCACAGCCUGGGGCUAAGUAGGAAGGGCUCCCUUCUCCCAAGAAAUGGAGCAGCCCCUGCCCAGCUCUGGGGGUGCCUGCUCUAAGCCUGCUCCCCUCUGAUCCUCCCUCACAUGCUGAGUUUCCAGUACCUUCCCUUCCCUCCUCCCACCCCCUCUCUCCUCCCAGACAGUCUGAGCUUUGUCCUUCCUAUAACUCCCUCCCCCUCUUGUGCCACAGGCUCCAGGGAGGACUUCAGGACCCAAUAAACAUGCUGGGCUUCGCCAA